AUGUUGGGGGUUCUUUCGAUAGCAGCGAAAAGGAGAAGUCCUUUCAUGUUGACCUGUUGUAGACUCAACUCCACCCUCAGGCCGGCCAGCCAAUCCAAGACAUCCAAGCCCGAGAUCGCAUACGACCCGAAGGUUCUCACCGAGCAUGAGAACGAGCCGGCUGAUAGACCAAUGCCAUUGAAUGUCGAGAUGAAUUAUUACGCUCCUUUGAAGCACAAGGUGAAACAUGGUGAUUUGAAGGCAGAAAUUACCCUUAGAUGCUACGAUUCGAGAAACCUGGACUUCUACUGCGACUUUGCAUUGAGAGCAGCAUACUGGCUGAAUAUCCCCGUCACGGGUCCAAAGCCCUUGCCGGUGAAACGUGAGCGUUGGACAGUAAUCCGUGCUCCUUUUGUUCAUGCUAAGACCAAAGAGAAUUUCCAGAGAUUGACAAAAUCAAGACUGCUUCGCGUGUGGGAUACGAACCCAGAGGUUAUAGACGUGUGGCUCAGUUUCUUGAAGAAGCACUCCUCGUGGGGUGUUGGUGUGAAGGCACACAUGUAUGUGAAUGAGGCUGUUGGAUUUGGUGAUAAGUUUGAUACCGUGGCAGACAAGUCGUUCGGUAAGGGUGCUGGAAAUGCCUUGAAUUUCGCCAACCAUCCUAACCCAGCCGUUGCCGAGAGAGUGUUGGAGCUUUUGAACGAUCCUUUGAUCAAGAGGCAUUUGGGCCCUGAAAUUGGAGGUGAGAAGGUGGAGGAGAAAGAGCAGUGA